AUGGGGAUUCCGAGAGGCUGGGCUGCUCUCGAAGCCUCAUGCGCACUGUUGACACUUUUCGGCACUGUGGUAGGCCCAGUUAGUGCCCUAGUAGGGACCCAGAAGCAUCAGUAUCGUACAUCCAUUCGGCAAGUGCUUCCUCCAGGGGCGUGGAAGAAAGUCCGCGACGGUGGUUGCUUAGUAGGGCUUGCCCCAAACCUCGUCGUAGAUCCCGCCUUACCGAACAUCAACAAAACUUUAGCCUUUCCAGACUUCAUUGGUGGUCAGCUUUGUGACUGGUUGGAUGUGCAAUGGCUCAAGCACACGACUGUGGGGAAAGCAGUCUUGAAAAAACCUACGGGAUUAUUGAAGUUCUUUAAGCGUCCGUCGCAAUUCCUCUUCGAAGACCACCUGGAGGUUAUUAUCACCUACAUUGACUUGAUUGAUUAUGAGCGCGUCAGCGGUAUCAACGGUCACGUGCCACUACCGUGGGCGGCGGCCAGAUUAAGAUACAAUCCACCAACGCAUGAAUUCGGUGAGUCUGUAGUCUCCUUCAUUGCUCGAGGCGGCGACCCCUAUUCACCUACUGAAGUGUAUUUCCUACUGGCAUCUGAGUUCUCCCGUCGGUUGCGACAAGAUACCAGUUACACUCCGGAUUAUGUUUCAGCGGACUUUGCCGUCUCGGACAGAAUCAGCGAAGGCACGGAGCUGGGCGUGGUUGUUGAACAGCCUCUGCUCCUGCAGAACUUCUUGAUAGUAGAUGGGGCAUGUGCGUUCCUUGAUGGCCGACUGCAGACGACGGACUUACAGCUGUGCCGCUGGGCAGACACAUUGGAAAAACUUUACCCUUCCUCUUCUGCUAUUAUGCAUAUACACAAGCUGGCGUUGUUCAACUCCAAUCCAGCAGGUUUUCUGGCGAAUAUUGAACUUCAAAGCCCGGAGUACAGUCACUACGGCAAACUAGUUCGUAUUUUCUUGAAGCCAAGUACUCCGCUAGCAGGCAUCUUCCAAGAAAGACACGAUUAUCUCAUUCGCAAAUACCGCGAAUAG